CAAAUCACAUAGCAGAGCGUGGUUGUCAGUGCGACUGGUCCUCCAUUUAGAUAAAGAAGAUUAACGUUCUUUAAAACUACUGAGAGGAUCUGUGCUUAAAAAAAGCUUUUUUCCUAUUUACCUGUGACCAUGAGUGUUGUAAAUUAUCGUUGUCGUUGACGCUUGAGAAAAAGAAAGUCAGAAUUUGACUUUAUAACCAGGCACAAUGUCUCAUCAAGAACUGUUUCUCCACCACUGUGUGAACUACACCAGGCAUGCUAGGUUAAUAUAUUGCCUAAGCACAGAAAUCAUAUUGCAAGCUUUCGAAUGGUUGUACGUAGGAAAAUCUCUAACACUGAAGGAGUUCUAUGAAAAAGACCCCAAGAGAUUUGCGAAUAUUCCUGGGCAUUAUAUCAGAGAUAUCAAAAAUGGAAAACAGCCGAAGGAGAUGGAUUUCACUUUUCUGUACCAGCUGCUCCAAAAUAUCUGUGGUUUAGCUGGUCCAAACGAUAACAUAUGGUUCAAAGAGGCUCAAAUGGCCGGUGAUAUACCUCUUGAAAAUACCCUGUAUCAAAUAAAAGCUUUGAGGAACGAGCUGUCUCACCUUAAUCGAAAGAAUUUUGUGCAAAUUAGCAACCAAAAUUUGGACAAAUUUGUGGGAAAACUUCAGAUGCUCUUUACGAGUGUCUUGACAUCAUCAGCAAAAAAGGCAGGAAUAAACCAAAGAAAGCUGGACCGAGCCAUCAUUAAAAUGCAAGAUGGUCUCCGAAAGGAGCAAUAUUCCUAUGACUCACCCAGCAAUAAAGAAUUUUUGAAGAUAAGCCUGGAGGAGCUCUUGCAUCAGUUCUUCAAGCGACCCAAGACACCAUACUUGAAGCCGAGACUGGAAGAAGAAGUAACCGAUGGAAAGGUUGAGGGUCAAAAUGAAUUAAGUGACAGCACGCAACCCAAAAUUUUCACGCUGAAAGACCUCUUUGAUCGCAAGACUCGGGCAAAACAAGAACCUAGGGUCAUCAUUCUGAGUGGGUCGACAGGAUCUGGAAAAACUUCUUUAUGCAGAUUUUUAGCAAGAGACUGGUUGUCUAAUUCAACGUCUGUGAGACACUUGGGGAAAUAUGACCUAGUGCUGCUUCUCAGCUGUAGGAGGAUGACCACAACAGAUCUACAUUACCUCUUGAGGAGCAGCCUGCUACCUAACGCUACUGCACUGUAUGAUACCCUAGAAUUAUCAACAUUUCUGAAAAGUCACAGAAUACUGUGGCUUGUAGAUGGCUGGGACGAGGCGAAAUUUGAAGCCAAAACUCUCAUAAAGGAUUUAUUCAGCAAAGUAGAGCAUGAGUGGAUGUAUCACAAAGUUCUAGUUACUUCAAAGCCUGAUCUGGUCAGUAAAAUCUUGGAGAAAAUUGAUUGUCAGAACUCUGUCCUGAAAGUUCAUUUGGUGGGGCUCGAUAAGACAGAACAAGGACAACUAUUGCAACUUAAUUCAGUAGAUUCUUCGAGCCCCUUUGACAGUGUUUUAAUAGAGAGAUUUUUAAGCUUCACUGACAAGUGCAAUAAUAGUAUCAAGGAAGAUCUGAGAAACCCCUUGAAGUUUCUUUUGAUAUUUAAAAUAUGGGCUGAAGAUUCAAGUAAAGUUAUAACUGGAAGCUUAAUUCAGCUCUACGGUGCUAUAACAGACUCUUACAAGAAGCGACUUCUCAAGAGGCUAAAGGAGCAUCCUUUUGCAGCAGAAGACAAUCCAGAAUACCUUGAGGUAUCUGUCACUGCCUGGUUAAGGGAAUUAUCAAAAGUUACCUUUGAAUCCUUAUUAAAAGGUGAGGGACUACACCUUAGUUCUGAGCAUAUAAAUAUCUUGGAAAAUGCUUGCAACCCAUUUGUAGCAUCUCAUUGCCUGUCAGCUUUUCUUGAGUACCAACAGAUGGACACUACGGAAUUGAAUCACUAUUCAUUCCUGCAUCCAACGCAGAAGAUAUUUUUUGCAUCACUGCAUCUUGUAAAUAUUAUCAAUGAGGCUGAAAACCCAGAGCAGAAAGUGGAUGAGAUUCUUCAACAAAACAUCAGCGGUUUUGAAUUUAGUCACGUCAUCGACCCUUUGCUUGGUGUCUAUGAUAUAUCAGACCAAAUUCAGUUAGCAUUUAUGAGUACUGUCUCAAAGGUAUCAAACGGAUUCCUAUGGCCCCAUCUACAGCGAAAGCAUAUUUGGUUUUUCUGUCAAUCUGCAGUCAAGAAAGUGAUAGAUUGUCUAACCAAUUUAUACACAAAGCAAACACCAAACGUUCAUAGCAUAAGAGAAAUUUUCCCAAUUCUUCAUAGUGCUUUAGCAAUACAGAGUGCCGAUGGUGGUCUUGAAAAAUGGCCGGUCAGAUCUCUGCUGAAGGUGAUACAUUUACUCAUUCCUGAAGAGAGCACAUCUAUCAGUUGGCUGGACGUACUUAGGAUCUGUCAGUACGAUCAGAAUGUGUUGCAGACGGUUGUACAGUACAUUGACACACAAGAAUGGCAAGUUACUGAUGCCCAUCUGAAAGCAGCCUGGGAGCUCAUGUGCUAUGUUGUUCCUCAGAAAAUUCAUGUCAGUAUUUCAGGAGACCCAAAGCAAUUGCCUGACCUAGAAAUUUUGCUCCACUUGGUACGGCAGCACAGGAUCGAAGUUCAGCUUAGCCUGCAACAACACAUGAUUCAUCUCGGAAAGCGUGAUUUGUCAGAUGACUAUUUGGAGAUGCUAUGCAGCUGUGACUCCAACUGCAGAUUAACGUACUUUUCUGGUUAUCUGAGCAGGCAAGGUCUUGGUGUGCUGCAGAAGGUGUCCCCUCUAAAGACUCUAGCAAUACGUAUAAUGGACAGAGGGGAUGUUAAACGGCUUCACAACAUAACUCACAAGCUUAAGAACUUGAAUUCUAUAUUUUUCAUUUAUGACUUGAAAUCAUAUCCACAUGUUAGUCAGCCACUCAAUGCCAGAAGAUAUUUUGGGAGAUUUCUCAGUGUUACGGCCUGUUUCCCACAUUUACAUGAAACAUAUAUCCAAAGAGCUGCUGAUUUUAUCUGUAGCUUUUGUCAACAUUACACUGCAAUUGAAGUCGGUAGCACUGGAAAGCGAGGCAUUAAAACAAUUUCUUCUCUCUUAACUAAUAACAAGGUGACAGUUUACAAUCUUCUCCGAAUCGUCUAUAUUAAGGGAAUUGAAGAACCUGUCCCAGUUAAUAUGGGUUAUAUUAAUGUUAAUAACGAAACAAUGAUUAUAUUCCAAAAUUUUAAUUCAUGUUAAAUACAGACUUAUGACUGGAUUGAUUGACGAAAGCUGGGAUAUUGUUUUGUUUGUUUGUAUGGUGUUUUUACGUUGCAUGGAACCAGUCGUUAUUCAGCAAUGGGACCAACGGUUUUACGUGACUUCCGAACCGCGUCGAGAGUGAACUUCUAUCACCAGAAAUACACAUCUCUCACACCUCAGUGGAAUGUCCGAGAAUCGAACUCGCGACCACCGAGGUGGCAGGUGAAGACCAUACCGAUCACGUCACUGAGGCGCUUAAAAACUGGGAUAUUGACCCAAGCUACUGGGCACACUCAGCCAUCCGGUGCUUCGCAUAGUGAAAAGAGGGAGUUGGAGUAGCCCACCAUGGAGUAGCCGGGCAGCAUGACCAAAGACAGGAAGUGGAGUGGAAUCGAGGCCAAAGGCAAAUAAAGUGGGCGCAGCUACUGGCCGAGAGGACGCAA